UUGGCCACAUGGACCCCCAGAGGCAGUCCCCUCCCCGCUGCUCGUUGCGGCCUUGCAGCCCCAGGUCCCCAUGCUGUGAGGCGCUUGGUUACGUGGGCGUCGAUGCCGUGCUUGACCAACUGAAGAUCAAAGCCAUGAAGAUGGGCUUCGAGUUCCACAUCAUGGUGGUGGGUCAGAGCGGCCUGGGCAAGUCCACAAUGGUGAACACGUUGUUCAAGUCCAAGCUGUUGAAGUCUACCGUGCCAGGCGUGGGGGUGCCCACAUCCCAGACGCUGAGGCUGCAGUCGGCGACCCACGUCAUCGAAGAGAAGGGCGUGGAGCUCAAGCUGACGGUGACUGACACACCUGGCUUUGGGGACCAGAUCAACAAUGACAAGUGCUGGAACCCCAUCCUGGGCUACAUCAACGAACAGUACGAGCGGUACUUGCAGGAAGAGAUCCUCAUUGCCCGCCAGCGCCACAUCCCCGACACCCGGGUGCACUGCUGUGUGUACUUUGUGCCACCCACUGGGCACUGCCUGAGGCCCCUGGACAUCGAGUUCCUGCGGCGGCUCUGCCGGACUGUGAACGUGGUGCCCGUGAUCGCCCGUGCUGACAGCCUGACCCUUGAGGAACGGGAGAUCUUCAGGCACAAGAUCCAGCAUGACCUCAGGACUCACUCCAUUGAUGUGUACCCGCAGAAGUGCUUUGAUGACGAUGUCAAUGACAGGCUCCUCAACAGCAAGAUCCGGGAACGGAUCCCCUUUGCUGUCGUUGGGGCUGACCAAGAGCACAUGGUGAACGGGAGGUGUGUCCUGGGCCGGAAGACAAAGUGGGGCGUCAUUGAAGUGGAGAACAUGGAGCACUGUGAGUUCCUCCUCCUGAGAAACCUGCUCAUCCGCUCCCACCUCCAAGACCUGAAGGACGUCACCCACAACAUCCACUACGAGAACUACCGCGUCUGCAGACUCAACCAGAGCCACACGCUGCCCCGAGGGCCCGGCUGGGUGACGCUGGCCCCAGCCCCCACCUGCGCCCCGGCCACCCCCAGGCACUCGAGGGCCCGCCUGCAGGUCCGCGACAAGCCCGACAAGGAGCACUGAGUGCCCACGUGCCCGGGCCUGCGCCCCGGCACACACUGUGUGGGGCAUGUAUUAAAGGUGGACAUCGCUUUUUAUGAAAAGCUGUGCUUUGAAAAUGAAA